AUGGAUCCCAACCAGCCUGUGGGUGAAAACUACGCCAAUCCCAAGACUUGCUUCUUUCAUGUCCUCUUCAAGGCUGCAGCCUUGGCAUUUUACAUCCUCUCGGCCCUCUUUAUUGAUAACUUUGUCAUCAUUUUUGUGGUGACUGUCCUUCUUGCUGCCCUUGACUUUUGGGUAGUCAAGAAUGUGAGUGGGCGAAUUUUAGUUGGUUUGAGGUGGUGGAAUGAAAUUGACGAUCUGGGUGAGAGUGUUUGGAAAUUUGAGUGUCUUGACCAUGAGUCAUUGGCUCGGAUGAACAAGAAAGAUUCUUGGCUUUUCUGGUGGACCCUGUACCUCACGGCUGUUGCAUGGAUUUUGCUCGCAAUAUUCUCACUCAUAAGGCUUCAAGCUGAUUAUCUGCUUGUUGUUGGAGUUUGUGUGACCCUCAGCAUUGCAAAUAUUGUUGGUUUUACCAAAUGCAAAAAAGAUGCCAAGAAGCAGAUUCAACAAUUUGCCUCUCAGACAAUUGCUUCUCAGUUCUCAUCUACCCUACAGUCAGCAUUCAGUGUCGUCUGA